AUGAUUUGCAUGAUGCAAGUGCUCUUUCCACGAUCUUGGUGAGAAUAUUCCAAUUUCCGACGUUCUGGGACUCGUCAACCUAAGCAUUCCAACAAGACCUAGAUCAGUCGGGGUACGGCUGAGCUUGACAAGCAAUGGCCCUGCUCCGCUGGCUUGACGACACCAAGAACCCAACCCUCUGGAUCAUCGCCAUCUAUCCUCUCCUAAUAUUCCUCGUCGGCCUUCUCUGUCACUUCAAAAUGAUUCAUUUGGUCCGGACCCUCCCACUUGUUCCGGAAGAACCUGCAGAGAAGGCGGAAGGAACCGGAUGUUCCACGACUGAAGACACAUCAUUUAAAGAGUACGACGUGGAAUCGGCGACUUCUGUGAAUGAUAUCACGCAGAAUCCCAACCUUUUGGCUGAAAGUGAUCCUGCGGUCACGGGUCCGGAAACUCGAGAACCACCGCCUGGAGACGGGGAUUCGAUGCCCGCGAACGUCGAGCACGAAACCGAAACAGUCUCUCGCCACAAUCAUUCCGAAUUCAUCAAAGGCGUUCUGCUGUACUGCCUCCAAUUACUUCUGGCCCAUCGCGUGGGAGUCCUGAUCUCCAGACAAGCGCACGAGACUCGCCGCCUCACAGAUAUCCUGAUAGGAUUGCUCUCAAUGUCGGCGGUCACCAUCAUGCUGCUGAUAUCCCCGGCGUACCUGGGCAACGCCAGAUUCCUGACCCUCCGAGGGUACCGAACAAGCGAAAAGCAGACAUUCCUCAACGACCCGUCGGAUCCCUGGGCGAGCUUCUACGCCGUCUGUAUCCUUUCGUUGGUGGUGCCGUGGUUGCGGCUUCUUUUUGGCUUCUAUGUAUGGUGGAGCCUCGGAGAAAAGAGUGGUUGUCAACACAGCAAUUGAGGAUCAACGUGAAAAGAGACAAAUUUGGUACCCAAUCACCAGUCUUUGCCGCAGCAACAUCGGAACCUCUCGAAACUCGAAGGGAAUACUUCUUCGACAACAUUGUGGUGGGAACAUUGGGCAUUAGAAGAAGUUCUUUGCAAGGCAUUCGGAAAGCUAGGAUUGUCCUUGGUGAUAGGAUCAACCGAUCGGCAAAGACACUUUAUUCGCCAGAGGGAUGGGUAUGGGCUGGAAUGGAGAGGGGGCAUUACGAUAUCUUCCUCAUAGGCGUCCGUGAUUUCGGGGAUCUCUCCCAGGUCUUCGUGACAGGCAUCUACUGAACUACCUGUCUCCCUCAUCCUCCAACAAAGCCCACGUCAAACUGCGGAAGAUUAUCGUGCAACUGUGUUGCAGAAUUCAACACUUGAGCACCACUGCCGUAGCUGCUCGUAAAUAAGCCCUCAAAGGCAUCGCCAGGGAGACCAAAGCCAGGACCGAGUAGCUCAUCCACAGUGUCAAAGCCCAGAGGAUCAUCCCACAACGGCAAAGCCCCAC